AUGCCAAAGGGACGACAAAGGGGUGCAUGUUUGCAGUGCGCCCGGAGCAAACGGAGGGUGAGCGCCGUCCCUCCUCCUACGUGUGAUCACAAACAGCCGCAAUGCACACAGUGUGCCAAGCACGGGCAGGAGUGCGAGCUUCAGACGUUCAAGAUUUCGACGCCGGCAGUCUUUGAUUCAAGGCACUUGAGGCGCCCGGUGCCCAAGAAGCCACUCCCACGGCCAGCACCCUCGCAGCCAGAGCUGCAAAUCCUGCCGUCAAGUCUUCUGUCAGGCACGUCGACUGCUCGGUCGGCGUCAGACUCUGGAGCCUCCCAGUCAUCGCCAGGGGCUUCACGAGACCUGGAUUUCUGGGCUGCCGACUCGAACGCUGAGAUCGCAACGGGCAUCGUCACAGCUCUCCCGAAUGCCCUGGUGCCACAUCCCGCAGCAGAGGCCUUCAAUGGCAGCAACGACCAUGGCGCUCCUCUUCCCCGAGACGAGUGUCCAAUGCCCAUCUUUACGAGCCCCGGCCAGCUCACGUUCACGGGUGGUGUUGCCACGGGCCCCGACCUUACCGAGGCCAUCAACAGCACAUCUCCCUCAUCCUUGAUCAUGCCAGCCUUUGAUGGCGAUGUUCUAGAAAUUGCAACACGGAAUGACAUGUUCCCGGACGCAGCAGCGCUACUCGACAGUCUGAGCAACAUGGGUGCUAGCCCCAACUCCACCUUUGAGUUGUCGGCCGAGUUUGUGCCUCGUCACCUCUACUGCCCCAUGCCUUGGCCUCCUGACAUGCUGGCCUCGUCGGAGCGGCGCUUCCUCUGGCAGUACUUCCUGAGCAUCGCUGAAGCCGACUUUUUGUGUGUCGAUUGGGAGGACGUCGGGCACCUGUAUGACUUCCAACACCCCUACAUCACAACACUGCCACGCAUGGCGCUCUCGAACGAUGCACUCCGCGGCGCCAUCUUCUGUUUCGCAGCGUCGCAGUACCAGCUUCGCCACGGCCGAUCCGACUUCGAGGCGACCAAAGGUCUCACCAGUUCAGAGGCGGCGCUGGCUUUGAGCGCGCAAAUGUCACGAGACGCGGACGACAGCGGCCUGCUGUCCAUGAUCAGCGCCGCGACGCUGCUGCACUGGUACGGCACCGAGCCACACGACUACCUGCGUGUCGCCUCCCUGCUUGUCAGCCAAUACCUGAUGCGACCCAAGUCUACAACCAACGCCACCACAUCUUUCCCUGAAGUUCCCCUGACAGAGUUCCGAUGGAGUGUCGUGUCCACCCUGUGCUCCCUGCAGCAGCCCGCCAGCCCGCUUGGAGGGCACAUCGGCGGUAUGAUUGAAAUGAGCGAGAACGAAAUUCAACGGAAUUACUCGCGGGCCUUCGAGCGCUGGGUCAGUCAUCCGAUAUACUCUUUCUCCCCGCGUCUCGUCAAUCCUUUGCUCAGGAUAGGCCUUCUACUGGAGACGCAACUCCUGCAGCUGGAGCUCGAGGAUGGAGAUAUCCAGCCCGACCCCUCCUGGCCUGCUCACGUCUCGGAAGCAGAAGACAUGCUGCUGCAGGCUCGAGACCGCGACAUCAACGUAUCGCGGUCAGCCUUGGGCAGCGCAGACCCUGCAGCCAUUCUUGCACUCAAUGAGUCCAUGUACGCCGCGGGGGCCGUCCUCCUCUACGCUCGGAUUCACGGCCUCCCACCCACGGCGCCAUUUAUCCGCCGACAAACCCAGGUUAUCGUCGAUGAGAUCUCCAAGAUACCCGUCGACUCGCGGGUUUCUUUCGCUAUUGUGUUCCCUCUGUUCAUCGCCGGCUGUGAGGCUAUGGAGCAGAUGAUGAGGGAUGCCAUUGUUCAGAGGCUUCGCAAUCCUGGCGGCGUGACCUAUGUUCGGGGUGACCUCGUCGGCGCGCUCCGUCAAAUUUGGGACAUCAGAGAUCUCGAGCCAGGGCUCCCGUGGCCGCACUGGUGGAGCCACGGUAUCGAAUCAGUUGUCUGA